UAAUCAAUGCUUAGAUGCAAUCUUAUCAACACCUGCUGCGAUUACAACAAUGUUAAUGGCUUCAGGCAAGAAUCUUAACGACUUUGGAGAUCCAACAGCUUGAGAUUUGGACCCCCUUACAGAUUACGCGAUGAUUUCUGUUAAAGGAGUUCCUGUAUUUAUUGGUCUCUGAUUACCAUCAAUCUGCCAAAGUUCAGACUUGAAGAUUAUUUCAGAUGCUUUAAGUACUCUUGCUCAAAAUAUGGGGGUUCCUGGAGGAGAAGGAAUGGUCCAUUUUCCAAACAAGGAACAAUACUCAGUAUCAGGUUGGCACAUCUUCGGGUUCAUUGCCUUCGGAUAUUUUAGUUUGUUCUUUAUUGUUGGACUCUUUGUUGAAUAUACUUCCCUCUUUGGGCAAGCCCCACCGCAAGAAGAGUCUGCAUCUGAUGCUCAAAAAGAUAAGGUGCUUGUAAAAUCAAAAUCUUUUCUAGGGAAAUUUUUCCUAGCUUUUUCUCCUUCAAGAAAUCUCCAGAAAAUGUUUUACACUCCUCAAAAAGAUGAUGAUUAUCUAUCAGCCUUGAAUGGGAUUAGGACAAUCAGCAUGUUUUUCGCAUUAACAAUGAAGAACUCCUGGUGGGCAAUCUUUAUUGGUACAGGCCUUUAUUCUGUAGAUACAUUCUUCUUUAUCUCAGCUUUUCUUGCUACCUACUUGAUGCUGACGAAGUUCCAUGGAUGUAAGAUCUUCAAUAUUCUAAUGGUGUACCUUCAUAGAGUGAUUAGAGUAGUUCCAACUAUUCUGCUCCUAUUCGCUCUAUUCUUCACCUUCUUCGCAUUCCUUGGCUCUGGGCCUCUCUGGAAACCAUAUGUUGAUAACGAGAUUGCACAAUGUAAAACAGGAUGGUGGCCAACAGUCCUGUUUAUACAAUCUUGGCACUUUACUGGGGCAUGCUUUGUCCAACUGUGGUAUCUAUCAAACGAGAUGACUUACUUCCUAUUUGUUCCAAUUAUUGUGCUAGCUUAUCUAAAUUCAAAAUUGAUUGGAUACAGCAUAGUUGCGUUUUUCAAUGUGAUUUCCAUAAUCUUACCAUUUAUUUUCUCCCACAUCAGAGGGCAUUCGAUUACCGUUCUAAAAGACCCUGCAGAGGCAUACAUCCAAGAGAUUUAUAAUUAUCCAUGGACAAGGAGCGGAGCUUACUUUGUUGGAGUCUUAUUCGGAAUAUUAUACUUUGAAUAUGCCAAGUCAGGCUCAGAUCCUUUCUAUCGGAUCUCAUUAGGAGCAAGGUUCUAUAAUUUAUUUAAGAAGAAUACUCUCUUGUGUUACAUAAGUUUCUUCUUAUCUUCAAUAGUGAUGCUGUUCUUCAUAAUCUUCCCAAGAAUUGAACUUCACGAUCUAAAUGAGAGGAAGCUCAGUCAGAUUCCAAGUGAUUUCUUCAAUGCAUUCCACAGAUCAACUUUUGUUGCAUCACUUGGAUUCUUCCUUGCUCCGAUUUUUGUCGGGAGAUUAAGCCUAAUCAAAGACUUCUUCGGAACAAGGCUCUGGGCACCCUGGGCGAAGGUAACUUUUGUUGCAUAUCUGAUUCACUUGCAUGUCUUAGGUUGGUUCUUUAUGCAAUCGAAGGGAUCAAGGUAUUUUGAUGGCCCGUCACAAAUAUUCUACGCACUAUCUACUUUCCUGGUCUGUUUAAUAGUUGGAGUCCCAAUUGCACUGAUCAUCGAAUCACCGAUAUUGCAAAUUGAAAGAUUAGUGCUCUUCCCACCAAAGCAAAAGCCUGAGUACACAGUUGUCCAAGAGCAUUUGAUUGAUAAAGUUGCUAUCAACUCUAACGAUAGCUCUGAGAUGACCAAAGAUGAAAUAAAAUCCUUCAAGUAAAUUCUG